ACGCCCCCACAGCAGCGCCUAUCAAGAUUCGUUUCCUCAUCCCCAACCGAUAAGCCCUAAAUCCAUAGCACCCAAAACACCACAUAUCUCUCAUCGCACCACAUCAACACCAUGUCGUCGCCGGCCGCGGAAAGCUAUCAACCAUAUGUCGAGGAUUACGACUCGGUAAUAUCGGAAGUCAUUCCGAUAGCACGUCGACAACACCAUCGCGGGAAAUCCAGUCUUUCGCAAGAAAUGAGCUCGAGCUACGACGGCGUUUCGGAUUCCGGUUACUCGUCGACAAACACCCCAAACAACGAGACCCCUCCACCUCCCACAUCCGCUACCCCGGCCCCAACAAGUACCACGCCCGGUCCCGGCGGACGAAAAGAUGCCUUCAAGCGAGCUUCGACACCCGGAAUCCAGAGGCCAAGCAGCAAGGCUUACAACCGCACCUCAUCCCCGGCUGUCCCACGGAAUAUCCCCGGCGCAAAGCCUCGAGAGAGAUCGCCGACCAUGCCAUCGACCGGCGGUGCUGAUGAGUGUGACUGUGCCGAUUGCAAAAGGGACACAUCUACCACAUCGAAGGCGUCGCCUUCGUCGCCGAGUGCGCUGAGCGGAUCGUACAACGGAUCGUACAGCCAGUCGCCGUCGUGGCAGGGAAGCUACCAUUAUCCUCAGACGUCGAGAUACGAUGAUCCUAGCUUCGACGGUACUUACGGUAGGGAGCCUGAGAGGAAGAGGUCGUCCAUCCCUAUCUCUCCCGCACGCCCAUCCUCAGGCUUCAGUGGCGCCACUGCUUCAUCGUACACCGUCCCAUCAGGAUACCCAGGGUACUAUUCCUCGUCUCCGGUCUCGGCACCGAUCCCGUCCUCGACCUGUCCUCCCACAGCUUUCUCGGCAUACGCUCCGCCCCCUCUGAACACGUCGCUCGGGUCUUCGGAUCCCUCGGCGUAUUCGCCAUACGGUCCUCCGCCCAUCCCACCGUACGGUAGCUCGUACGGUCACGAUUCGUGGGACCGAGUGCCGGUAAAUCCCAAUUCGUCGUCGUACGACUACGGUUCGAUGCCGCCUCCGCCGGCGUUGCUCUCGGGCAACACCACAAAACGCCGUAACAGCGUCAAGCAAUCGGCACACCCGGAGGGUGAAGAAUACUCACCCCCUCAGCGGCGACCUAGCCGUCUCAGCGGCGAUCGUCCGACUUCAUGGGCGUCGGCACCGUACCGUGACUUUGAUGGAUUCGACCGUAGCAUGUCUGUCCCUCCUGGUGGCAACGUCGCCGCCGCCGCCGCCGAGUCCAGUCGCCGGAAAACAACCACCCCCGGUCCCCAGCCGCGACGCCGCGAAAGCAGCCAUUCGCAGGGUGUAGCCGGUCAGUUGUCCGGCAGACUCGGCCCUUCGGCGUUGUCUCGCGCUAUGGAGUCGUGCGCCAUCUCGGAUGAACCACCGGUGCGAAGCCACUCUCGGUCGCACUCCGACUACUACUACAGCCACAGCCCUAGCAACAGCCACGGUCAGCUUACCCGUCGGGAGCCCGGUACCAUGUCGGGCGGUUCUUACCACUACGACGAGCAGGUCCAGAUGACCAUGCCCGACCAAGAUGGGGAGACCUUCACGAUGAGAUAUCCUGCGGGAAUCCCCGUCAAGUUGCAGUUGAACGGUGGGACUCACAGAUCCGGCUCCAAAUCUAAGAAGGAAAAUAUUGAGUGUAGUGUAGCAUACCGAUACGUUCAGCAGAGACAGCAAGAAGUCCACAACCAGUUGCGUUAUGGUGCGUUGGAACACGGCAGCCGCAAGCCCAGCGCAAACGACUACUCGUACCGCCCAAGCGCCUAUGGCCGCCGAGCAACGAUGAGUGGUGCCGGGUUGUAAGGGUUUGAGGAUCUCACAACCACCAACCAGAAAAAGAGAGAGGCGGCUGUUCUUAUACAUAUUUUUCUUUCUUUCCUUCUUCGUGUCUCCUUGCGGGUGUGUGUGUGAAAGGAGUCAUCGGUUCUCUCAGCCUGGUCGGUCGGUGUGACUCUACUAUCUAUUCGGA